UUUUCACCUACAUAAAAAACCUCUAGCCGCGUCUUGACACUCUUCCCUAUCCCCAAUCAUCAACAUGUCUACCGCCGAAGUGAAUCAGGUUGCUGACGAAGUCGCCAAGUUGUACUUGGACGAUACUACCGGUGAAAUGGUCUCCAAGACCGAAUUGAAGAAGAGAACGAAGGCCCGUAUCAACGAGGCCAAGAAGGCCGAGAAGGCGGCCAAGGCUGCUCUCACCGCGCCAAAGGUCACCAAGAAGAAGGACGAAAUGGCUGACUUGUCUCCAAACCAAUACUUUGAGAUCAGAUCCCGCCAGAUCGACCAGUUAAGAAGCAACAAGCACGCCGGUAUCAACCCAUACCCACACAAGUUCAAUGUCAGCUUGUCUGUGCCAGCGUUUGCCAAGGCCUACGCACACUUGGGCAGAGGUGAAACCCUCCCAGACGUCACUGUCAGCGUUGCUGGUAGAAUCAUGACCAAGAGAGAAGCUGGUUCCAAGUUGAAGUUCUACGUCUUGAAGUCCGACGGUGUGCAGGUCCAGAUCAUGGCCCAAGCCCAGGACGUUACCGAUGGGACCUACGAGCAGCAGCACGAGUUGUUGAGAAGAGGUGACAUCAUUGGUAUCACUGGUUACCCAGGUAAGACCCAGCCAGCGAAGGGUGGUGAGGGUGAAUUGUCGAUUUUCGCCACCACUGUCCAGCUCUUGACGCCAUGUUUGCACAUGUUGCCAACCGAGCACUAUGGAUUCAAGGAUCAAGAAGCCAGAUACCGUAAACGUUACUUGGACUUGAUCAUGAACGACCAGACCAGAUCCAAGUUCAUCACCAGAUCCAAGAUCAUCACCUACAUCAGAAAGUUCUUUGACAGCAGAGACUUUAUCGAGGUUGAGACCCCAAUGAUGAACGCCAUCGCCGGUGGUGCUACUGCCAAGCCUUUCAUUACCCACCACAACGACCUCAACUUGGACAUGUUCAUGAGAAUCGCCCCAGAAUUGUUCCUUAAGGAGUUGGUUGUCGGUGGUAUGGACAGAGUCUAUGAAAUCGGUAGACAGUUCAGAAAUGAGGGUAUUGACAUGACCCACAACCCAGAGUUUACCACCUGUGAAUUCUACCAGGCCUACGCCGAUGUCUACGACUUGAUGGAUAUGACCGAGUUGUUGUUCUCCGAAAUGGUCAAGGAAGUCACCGGUGACUACAAGGUCACCUACCAUGCGGACGGCCCAGAAAAGCCUGCCAUGGAGUUAGACUUCUCGCGUCCAUGGAAGAGAGUUGACAUGAUCGAAGAAUUGGAGAAGAUCUUGGAUGUCAAGUUCCCACCUGGUGACCAGUUGCACACCCUGGAAACCAACGUCUUCUUGAAGAACAUUCUCAUCAAGAACAAGUUGGACUGCUCUCCGCCAUUGACUAACGCCAGAAUGUUGGAUAAGCUUGUCGGUGAGUACUUGGAAAGUGCUUGUAUCAACCCAACCUUCAUCUUCGGUCACCCACAGAUGAUGUCUCCAUUGGCCAAGUACCACAGAGAUAUUCCAGGUUUGUGUGAAAGAUUCGAGGUCUUUGUUGGCACCAAGGAAAUCUGUAACGCCUACACUGAGUUGAACGAUCCAUUUGACCAGAGAGAGAGAUUCGAGGAGCAGGCCAAGCAGAAGGAUGCUGGUGACGACGAGGCCCAGAUGAUUGAUGAGACCUUCUGUAACGCUUUGGAAUACGGUUUGCCACCCACCGGUGGGUGGGGUUGUGGUAUCGACAGAUUGGCCAUGUUCAUGACCAACUCUAACACCAUCAGAGAAGUUUUGUUAUUCCCAACCUUGAAGCCAGAUGAAACCAGAAAGGACCAAUUAUAAAUGGCUGGUCCUCAUUUUUGUUAGCCAUACAUAUAAAUCUUUAAAUUAUUUACUAUUAGCGAUACAUUUGGUAUUGCCAGGAGUAGCUUUAAAUUGUAAUGAGGUCCACUGCUAUAUAUUAGUCUUCGCCGUACC